AUGGCUAUUAGAUCAAUUGCAUCUCAUGGCCGACGGGCUUCCAGGCCACGAGCACGACUUUACCCCAUAGUUACAAACAGCCAGUGGCUCGUUGGUGGUACCGACUACAAUGACUUGAACAAGGGCCUUCCGUACUGGUUCAACGGGCUGGUUCCGUUGGCGUAUCUUACCGAGGACCAGCGUCAUAAGAACGAGCGGGCUCGCGCGGCGGAUAUGGUGCUUAGUCUGCAGUGGCUGUAUGAGCGAGACCUCAGGGCCCAAGGGCAGACGUUCUUGGAUUGCAUGCGCAUGUUACAUGAAAAUGCCCUGGACUGGGAGCACUGGUAUACGGACGGGGUUUACCUCAAGCAUGAUCAGAACACUAUUCCUUCGGACAUCACCGACGCAAACGAUCCGUUCGAACAUGGGGUCAAUGUAGCUAUGGACUUGAAGAGUGGAGCGGUAUUUAGACGCCUGAUGCAUGACAAAGGGCUAGCCACGCGCGCGCUGCGAGCCGUCAACUGCACUGCUAGAUACCACGGAACCGUUUCGGGGUCGAUCAUCGGCGACGAGCGGAUCUCCGGCCUGAGUCCCGCACGUGGCGUGGAGCUUUGUACCGUGGUCGAGACUACGUUUUCGCUGAGCUACCUGUGUCAUGCCCUGGGAGACAAUUCGCUGGCGGAUCAGUGCGAGCUCGCCGCGUUCAAUGCGCUGCGCUUCUUGCGGCUGGUGUACACCGUCGACGCAGUCGCGCCAUCCAACUUAUCCGUACGGAUCCCAGGAUGGUCCGCCCUCCCCACUAUUUCAGUUAAUGGAGCCCCUCUUCGUGGCGCAGCACCUGAUACACAGACCGGCAUGCUCAAGACCCCCCUGGAUCAAGGCUCAUCAGAAGUGAUCGUCACUCUGGCUGCAGAACUCCACAUGCAACGCCGCGCCAACGAUACCGUAGCCAUCUACUACGGUAACCUGCUCUACACGAUUCCGGUGCAAUACACACAAACCUCCCGGCCAUAUCCGAACCAUCCGGGCAACAUACGGGAUUAUGAGAUCGACCCCUCUUCCCUACAAUAUAAUGGCUUGACGGGGCUCUGUCCAGUCCUCUCUGGACUCUAG